AUGCCGCCGAGCUGGCCUGCUGCUAUUGGUCGAGCAGCAGUGCCCGCACGCGGCGGGGGCAGCGCUGACGUGGCGUCUGCAGGCGCGUUGCGCCACGCGUUCGGGAACGUGACUGAGCUGGACGGCUUUGCGGAAGCCGGGAAUUGCGGAGAGACAUCAAAAGCGACUCGCGCUGGCGCGGAGGGUCUGCGGAGGGUUACGGCGGAUAGGUUAGGCGCGGAAACGCGCACCUGUGUGCGGAGAGCUCAAAGCGGAGGAGUGGCGGAAAGGGCGGCGGGGGAAGCGCGGGUUUACGCGGAGGUUGUUGCGCGCAGCGGCGCAGGAUUCAGGGAAGCAGCGGGUCAGGCCGCGGGGCGGGGGCUCCCCGCACGUAGGACAGGUCCCCGCGAAGCUGCGGAGGCUGCGGAGGCUGCUUGGACUGCGCCUGGUGCGCCUGGGAAAGGCAGGGGGGAGGGUGCGCGGAAGGGAGCUGCUGGUGGGGCAUGCGCGGGGAUCGGAGCCAGCGCUGGGGAAGGGGAUUGGCGGAAAGGUUUGGGCGGAAGUGGGGGAUAUGUGCGCGGGACAGGGAGUUUCCAAGAGAGGCGGAACGGGGAAAGCGCGCGGAGGGUUGCAGGACCUGUUGUUACACGUGUCAACCGGCCACUGGUCCAGGGUGACGGCAGCUUGGCGCAGGAUUGCGGAGAUGGAACGGAGGAGGCACAUAGGCGGAGCAUGGGCGCGGAAGGGAUGGGGAGGGGAAGGGGGAGAGGAAGUGGGGAUGGGAUGGGGAGAGGAAGGGGGGAAGGGAGGGGAAGUGGAAGGGGGGACGGGAUGGGAAGGGGAAGGGGGGUUGCUGAGAGGGCAGUGGGGGGAGGUAGCUGGAAGGAGCGGCAGUUGGGGCGAGAGGGCAUGGGAUGGGGGGAGCUGGGGGGUGGGGGGGAAGAGGCGGGCGGGGAGGGGGUGGGCAUGGCAUGGCGCAGAGGGAGCAUGGGGGAUGCGGGUUGGCGGACUGGUGGGGGAGGGGAUGCUGCCGGUGUGCACCGCAGGGCGGCUACAGUAGCUGGCCUGGGCGGCGUGGGCGGCAUCCAUGACGUGGGCGGCAUGGGCGGCAUGGGCGGCAUGAGUCGUAUGGUGCGAGACAAUGGGGAUGAAAUGGGUGCAACCGUGGGCCUGGGAAUCGUGCAGGGGACAGCAACGGCAGUGGGGAGGGGGAGAGGGAUGGGGAGGGGGAGGGGCCUUCUAUAUAGGGCCAUGGGGGGAGGUAGCUGGAAGGAGCACGCGGUGGGGCGAAACGAAAUGAGUGGUGGCGUGGGCAACAUGGGCGGUAUGGGUGGCAGUCAGAGGGAAAGGCCAACUGGUGGGCAGGUGGGGGAGUGGUUGGAGCAGGCACACGUUCCUGUAACGCAGCAGACUGUAACGAGGAUGUGUCAAUCAAAUCACACCGGGCGGCAACAGGAGAGACCCCUCCUCGCGCCCCACGGCAGGCCUCAGCUCGCCUCUUACCAGCGGUGCUCGCUUCAAAGGUGUGACCCAGCGGUGGUGCCAGCUCAGCGUGUCAGUCUUCCAGGUCAGCAGAGAACAGCUGUGGCUCGUGAUCUGCAGCACGGAGCAUCGUGCGCUCCUCACGGCCUUGAGGGUGUGCCCAUCUCCCAACCCAACGACCAGCACUUGCAGCAGCAACACACUCAGCGGCAUUCCCAGCAGCACCCCCAGCAGCACUAUCAGCAGCUCAGCCAGCCAAGAGGCCCGUCCUUUCAACCCCUCAAUGCUGCUGCUGCUGCUGCUGCUGCUGGUGCUGCUGCUGCGCCAGCACGCACUGGUUGCGCCCGCGGCACCGCCUCAGCGUCAAGCGCUGAGCAUCGCUUGCAAGGCAGAGGGGCGGCAAGCACUGGCCGCGGCAGCAGCAAGUCCGCCUCGUUCCCCCUCAAUGCUGCUGCCACUGCCACUCCAUCGACUGGCGUGCCGGCAGGCACUGAUGGGCGCGGGGGGAGCAAGUCCGCCUCUCUCCCCCUCAAUGCUGCUGCUGCCACUGCCGCAUCUACUGGGGAGCCGGCAAUCAUCUGCACUGCUCGUGCUCGUGGGGGCAGCAGCCAGUGCGCCUCUCUGCACCGCCGCAUGCUCACCUUCCCCCUCCCCGCCGCCUCUCCCCACACCCGCAUCUCUCCCCCUCGUCCUUCUCCGGCUCCUCUUCCUGCCGCUGCCGCUCCUGCUGGUGUGUUUUCUGCUGCUGCUGGUCCCGCUGUGGUGUCCCUUCCUACUCGUACGGCUGGUGCUGCUGCCACUGCCUGUGCUGCUGCCUGUGCUGCGGACGGCAGGAGUAGCGCCAGCCUGCACCGUCGCGAGCAUGGAAGCGAGCAUGGGCGUGGUGGCGUUGCUGGUGCUGGCAGCAUGAGAGAACGAGUGAGCACGUUAGGAGCAAUGAGCCAGGCCCCAUCCAGAUGGCACUCGUGGGGGGGUGCCACGGCUGGUGCCCUCGCCACUGCAGCGAGUAGCAAGCCCAAGCCAGCACACCAUCUCACUCAACGAACCUCCUCUUUUUCUGCCGCCUCCCACAUCCCAUCACACACCGAGCCUCGGACGCAGGCUCGGGCCGCAACAGCAGCCCAUCCCCGGUCCCUGCCCGAGCCACCACCACAGCUGACGAACGCCCAGCGACUCUAUGAGUCUCUGCCCUUGCAGCAGCGUCAGUUACGUGCCCAGCCUCUCACUCCCCUGCGCCUCACACCGCUUUCCCUGCUCGAAACCUCCUCCUCCUCCUCGCCCCGUCUCCCCUCCUCUCAGCAUUCCCCUGCCUCCUUGCCUGGAGCUCCAUCCCCCCGGUUCCCCCUCUCCCAACACUCACCCAACUCAUCCUCAUCCUUCUCCUCCCCCCGCUCGCUCCCCCCACACCCCUCCCCUCGCUCUCUUUCCCAGCAACCUUCCCCCCGCUCUCUCCCCCCACAGCCUUCCCCCCGUUCCCUUACCCGCGGCCCCACCUUCCCCUCCCCCAUGCCUGCUUCCACGGCCCGCUUCGUGCCCUCCCAUGGAUCCUCUCUGCACCGAGACUCGCUGCUCCAUGCCGCUGCUGCUGCUGCCCUCUCCGUGCCUGCCACUGCUGCUGCUACUUCUGCUCUCCCUGCUGCUCACGGCGCUUCCCACAUACAAGCUCACACUCAUGCACAAUCCCAUGCACAGUCCAACGCACAAACUCGUGCCCAUGCCCAUGCACACAUGCCUGUGAGCAUGCUGCAUGCCACACGCGCAAGACCUGUGCCGCCCAGAGCGCAUGUGCAAACAACGGACGCCGUGCCACCGCCCGUCGGCCAUGCAAGCCGCAUUAUGCCAACCGCUAGCUGUGCUCCUCCCACAACCGUUCCCUGUCAGCCGCCCACUGCCAUGCCACGUGGCAGUGUGCCAUUGGUCAAUACACGUCCAAUGGUGCGCUGUGGUGACUCAGCAGCAGGCGCACGGGCGAAUGGAAGGCCUGCUGUAGGAAGGGGGAGAGGCGUGGGGGGAGUUACAGGGGGAGGUAUGGGGGGAGGUGCAGGGGGGGGUAUGCGGGGAGGUGCAGGGGGAGGUUCGGCAGGUGUUGUAAGGGGAGGUGUGGGAGGAGGUGUGGGAGGAGGUGUGGGAGGAGGUGUGGGAGGAGGUGUGGGGCGAGGCGUGGGGAGAGGUGAGGGGGGAGGUGAGGGGGGAGGUGUGGGGGGAGGUGUGGGGGGAGAUGCGGGGCGGGGAAGAACACAUCACACAGCUCAAGAUGGAAGGGUGGGGAGCAGAGCAGGUGGUAUGGGGAGGGGUGUGGCGCAUAGUCAGGGAGGGGGGACCAGUGGGGGGAGAAUGAGUGGGGCGGCAAUAGGGGGAGAGAGAGGGGUGCACGGGGGAGUGUAUGAGUUAGUGAUGGGAAGGGAGGUGGAGAAAGGAGAGGAAGAGGAAGAGGAAGAGGAAGAGGAGGGGGAGGAGGAAGAGGAGGUGGCAGUGAGAAGGCUUGUUCACCUGGAUAGUGUGUCGCUGUGCAAGAGGAGACAGGAGGGGGAGAUUCAGGGGAGGCAGGAUGAAGACGAGAAGGAGGGGGAAGAUGAGGAGGAGGAAGAGGAGGACACGGGGAGUGUGGUGGUGCGGGUUUUCCCCCAUUCGGACAGCAUUUCCGUGCAGAAGUGUCACCGGAUAUGGGACGAGGAGGAAUGGGAGGACGAAGAUGAGGAGGAGGAGGAGAGAGAGGAGGAGGGAGAGGUUCGUGUGUUUCCACAUGCCAAUAGCGUUGCUGUGCACAAAUUCAGGCAGAUAUGGGAGGAGGAUGAGGGGAAAGUGGAGGAGGAGGAGGAGGAGACAGAGGAGAAAGAGGAGGAGGAACCGGGAGAGGAUAUGGCUGAAGAGGCAGAGGAGGAAGCAGAGGUGCGUGUGUUUCCACAUGCCAAUAGUGUUGCUGUGCACAGAUACAGACAGAUAUGGGAGAAGGAGGAGGAGGAGGAAGAGGUGGAGAAUGAAGAAGAGGAGGAAGAGGUGGAGAAUGAAGAAGAGGAGGAAGAGGGUGCAGAGGACACUCCGAAGGUUCGUGUGUUUCCUCAUUCAAACAGUCUAGCUGUUGCGAGGCAGCGGAAUGGAGUGGGGAAUAGAGGGAGAGAGGAGGUGGAGGAAGAGGAGGACGAGGAGGAGGAUGAGGAGGAGGAGGACGAGGAGGAGGACGUGGGGACAUCGGAAGAAGCAAGGGUUCGUGUGUUCCCACAUUCAAACAGUCUAGCUGUUGCCAGGCAGAGGAAUAGAGAUAGAGAUGAGGUAGAUGAAGUGGAGGAAUCGGAAGAGGAGGAAGAGGACGAGGAGGAGGAGGAGGAUGCCAAUGUGCGUGUCUUUCCUCAUGCCAACAGUGUUGCUGUGCACAAGUACAAGGAGAUAUGGGGGGAUGAAGAGGAGGAUGUGGAUGGUGAUGUGGCUUCCCGCCUCCCCUUUCCGCCCAUCUCAACCCCCGCGCGCCUGCCAGCGAGCCCAGCCAGUCAAACGAGCGCGCAGCAGGAAGCACAGCGCUUCGCGCGAAUCGUUCUUUUUCCGCCAUCCCCUAUGGGAGAUUCCGCGGUAGCCCCGCUGCCGGCGUCAGCGACGGCGGGUUGCGCGUGCGCGUGCCACGGGGAGUGGUCGGCCGCGGUGGUGGCGCUGCGGCAGCUGGAGGAGUGGCAGAGCCGCGCCGCGCAGUACAUAACCCUGCUGGAGAACGAAAAGGCGGCGGCCGACGCGCAGUUGGCGCAGCUGCAGGAGACGCGCGCCACGGAGGCCCGGGCGUGGGAGGAGCGAGUGAGGGCGGCAGAGGGGGCAGUCCAGCGCGCGGAGGAGGAGAGGCGGAGGGAGGGGGAGAGACUGGAGGAGGAGAGACGAAAGGUGGCGGAGAGAGUGGAGGAGGAGAGGAAGUUGGGGGGGGAGAGAGUGAGGGAGCAGGCGGAGAGGCAGGCGAGGCUGAGGGAGGUGCAUCUGCAGACGCGGCUCAGUCAGCAGCAGCAGGAGAUAAUACGGCGGGACAGAGCAGCCAUGGAGAUCCACGCGUUUUGGCAGGAGGCGGUGAGGGAGCGUAACGAGGCGCUGAUGGGGACGAAGCAGGCGCAGAGGGAGCUGCGGAGCAGAGACCAGGCGGACAAGGAGAAGGUGAUAGAGCGGCUAAUAGACCUGAACUCGGAGCUGGUGGAGGGCAGUGAGGCGCUGCAACAGACAAUCACUGAGGCGCCUCAAGUGAUAGAGCGGCUGAUCGACCUGAACUCGGAAUUGGUGGAGGGCAACGAGGCGCUGCAGCAGCCGAUCACUGCAGGCGCCUUAAAGCGGCUGAUCGACCUGAACUCGGAAUUGGUGGAGGGCAACGAGGCGCUGCAGCAGCGGCAGCGGGACAUGGAGAGGCGCACGGGGGAGCUGGCUGCUGAGGUGCUCGCACUGCGGAGGCACGUGGGGGACGUGGGAGGGGCUGAUGAUGGGAUAGAGGGAGAGGAAGAUGCGAGAGAAGGAGAGGGAGAGGGAGAGGGAGAUAGGGAAGGAUCGAGGCAGCAGGAGGGCCGCAAGCAGCAAGAGAAGGGGCUGACAGAGGGGAUGGAAGCAGCACGAAGCGGGGUAGGGGAGGAGCAUGGCGCAAGGGAUGGCCGUGGGAGCAGCAGGAGGGCGGGUGGGGGAGGGAUGGAUGAGAGGGCAGUUGGCGGAAAUGGUGGUGGGAGUGAGGGCAGUGGAGGGGAAGCAGGCGAGGAGGAUGGGGACGACGGGCCUGUUCCGGUGUCGUGCUUCCCCACAGAACAGCCCCCUUCACUACAGUCACAUACAGCAUCUUCGCUUGGUGAAAAUCAGCACACCUCUUUCUUUGCAUUCUUCUCGAGCAAGCCUGCUGCUGCUGCCCCUGCUCCUGCCGCUGCCGCCGCCGCCGCUGCCGCUGCUGCUGCUGCUGCUGCUGCUGCUGCUGCACCCCCCACCGCGCCACCAGCAGAGCUGUCCAGAACGGAUUCUAGUGCUGGCAGUGUCCCUUCCGGCCCUAUUGAUCCUGCAGCUGCUGCUGCCCGUGUUCUCGAUACCAGCAGCAGCGCUGAAGCACUCAGAGACCACAGCCCAGGAGCAGAUUCUGGACGGGAUUCAGUGCAGCAGCAGGGGAGGGAUGGUGUUGAGCGGACAGAGGGAGGGAUGGCAGCAUGGGAGAGUGAUAGGCAGCACACGCGUGGCUGGCAGGGUAGUGACGGGGUGCGAGUGAGAGGUGGUGGGGGGGAAGGAGGAGCAGGGGAAGGAGGGGAAGGGGAAGAGUCAGCAGCGAGGGGCAGCAGUGGUGGGAGUGGCAGCAUUGGUGGUGAACGUGCACUGGACCAGCAGCAAGAGAAGGAGAGGGAAGGGCAGCAGCAGAGAUCCAUGCAAAUGACUCAGGGCCAGCAAGGGACGCCAGGCGCUGUGACUGCCGGUUCUUGUUCUGGAGGGGACAGAAGCGAGGAUGACACACCUGCUGCGUCUCAAGCUCUCUCUGCUUCUGCUCCUGCAGCGGUAACUCCUGCUUCUGGCUCUGGAAACGACAGGGAAGAGUCGCUUGCAACGGGGCCUGCUGUUGGUGAGGAUGGAAAUGCUAAGGGUGAUUCACAUUUAGACCAAGCAACAAGUGUGCAAGAUACGGAAAAGACUGACUUCAUGGUGGCGAAUGAUAAACGGGAUGUGGCGUGGCAAAGGAAUAACCAGAAACGACUGGGAGCUGCGUGGAGUGCUGUGAGGGGAAACGCCAAAGGACUGUUUUCAUACAUUGUUGGAGCAGAUAAGGUGACAGUAGGCUCUUGA